AUGCAGUCCAACGAUAAUUGCGAUCAGUUGAUAACCCACCAUUCUUCCGACCUUGCAUCACUCCACCAACAAGUCAACAAAUACAGCACCAUUGCAGAUGAGGUCGAUACAGCAGUUAGAAAUGGGAGCGAUCCGAGUGUGCAGCUUCCAGAGGCAACGGCUCUCAGCAGUCUCGGUGAAGUGAGUAGACAAAACACUUCUGAAGGUCAUCAGGUUAGCGAAUUAGAUCGAUCAUAUGCACAAGCAGUUGCAAAGCUGCGGGAUGCUCGAAUAAUGAAGGAAACAAUCACCAAGUAUCAUACCAAGAUCAUCAGAGCUUGUGAAAGUAUGAAAGCAUACUUGGAGGCAUCUCAACGUUACAUUGCUUCUGAGGAGAACAUUCCAUCGACCCGUAGGGAUAUCGAAGGGUUCGAAUAUCCCGAUGACCUUAGUGAGAAAUGGAGGGAAAUGUACGAGGCUGCUUCCGAUUGCGAUUACAACCAGAAUGCGUCAUAUGUCACUUCGGUCAUUUCACUCGAUCAUCCCCUAAGAGCCGAUAUGAUUAAUUGGGACGAAAUCCAAGAGGAAUACUUUAAAGCGCAAAAAUCAAGCCAUAAGCUGUACAAGAUGCAAGCGAUUAUGGGCUCAAAGUACAGUCGCGCUUGA